UAUAUCCGAAAGAUGGCAGUAGUGUAACGUUGCGAAUACAAGUGGCCUUUAAACCGCAAAAAUGAAGACUUUUAUUUUGCGCUGAUUGUGUGACGUCAUAUUAGUUGGCCCAGGGCGCCUGUGCUUAGGAGAGAUGGCGGUUAUUAAAGAAGAGACUGAGGACAUUAAACUUACAGAACCAUACCAAAUAAAGAUUGAAGAUGAUCAGGAAGAAAAAGACCUAAAAGUGGACGUUCACAAACUUGCUGAUGUGGAGAAACCUGACGAUUCGAUAACCGAAGAAAAAUCUGUCUUUGGCUCACAGAGUGAUAAUAUCUUGCAAAAAAGUGCUGAUAAAACAGGAUCCAAAUCCUUCACCUGCCAUCAAUGUGAAAAAACUUUCAUAUGUAAAGAGCAACUCAAUCGACACAUGAUAAUCCACACAGGAGAGAUUCCUUUCACUUGCAAACUAUGUGGUAAGAGUUUCUCGCUCAAAGGAAACCUUAGGAAACACAUGCGAGUUCACACCGGUGAGAGGCCUUUCACCUGUCAUCAAUGUGACAAAAGUUUCAUAUGUAAAGGGCAUCUUAAUAGACACAUGAGAAGUCAUUCAGGAGAGAGGCCUUUCUCUUGUGAGCGUUGUGGAAAGAGCUUCACUCAAAACGCAAACCUUAAAAGCCAUAUGAUGACCCACACAGGAGAAAACCAAUUCACCUGCCAACAGUGUGGAAGAAGUUUCUCGCUCAAAGGAAACCUAACGAAUCACAUGCGAAUUCACAGCGGAGAGAAACCUUUCACCUGCCAUCACUGUGGAAAGAGUUUCACACAAAAAGCAACACUCAAUAAUCACAGAAGAAUUCACACUAGAGAAAACUGUUUUAUAUGUCAUACAUGCGGGACAAGUUUCAGAAACAUGGAAGAGCUUAAUAGACACAAAGUAAAUCACACCGGAGAGCCUUUCACCUGCGCGCUGUGCGGAAAGACUUUUAAGUCAAAUCAAAUCCUGAAGUGUCACAUGAUGCUUCACACUGGAGAGAAACCUUUCAAGUGCCCUCGAUGUGGAAAAGCUUUCGCAAAUAAAGGAAAUCUCGAGGUUCACAUAAGAAGUCACACUGGAGAGAAGCGUUUUAAAUGCCCCGAGUGUGGAAAAACUUUCAGACAUAAAAAAAACUUAAAGAGUCACAUAAGAGCUCACACUGGAGAGAAGCCUUAUGUUUGUCAUCAUCAGUGCCAGGAGACUUUUGCCCAUCUAAGAGACCUGAAGACUCAUUUAAAGGUUCGUCAUGGAGAAGGAUUACAGUGUCCCAAAUGUGACAAAAAGUUCAUAGACAUGAGAAAAUUCACCAAACAUCAGCUGUUUCACAUCAACGAACACGAAAAGCCGUUUAAUUGUGAUCAAUGUUCCAAAAGAUUUCUCUUGCGCUCACACCUAAUAAGACACUUUACAAAAUUUCAUUCAGAUGAAGUGAAACCCCACUUGUGUGUUUUGUGUGGAAAGACUUUUAAGUUGGUUAACAAUUUGAAUUUGCACCAAAAAGUCCACGCCAGGGUCAAUUAUGUUAAACAACACCGGCGAUUAUAUACUGAAAUCAAAACUGACAAGGGUUCAGAAUUGGGGUCGGAGGUUCAGAGUCGUCCUGCCUCAGAAAUCCUAAAAACACAGGAGAGUGUGCAAACUGGAGAGAAGACAUACAGUUGCUCUUCAUGUGGGAUGAAUUUCAGCACAUCAAUUUUUCUGUUAGCUCAUAAAAAAAGACAUUGUACAAAAUAUGAGCUAAGUCUCAGCUCGUGGUCGUUUACCGUGGUGUGUAAACUGUCCAGUCUCGAUUCCAAGGCCGAGAAUGCUGAUUUAAAUUCCGAUGAGAGUGCUGCUCUGUGUUCUUCCAUCCAGUUGGUGGCGGUAAUACACCAUAAGUUGGCUUGUCAACCGCCAAUAAACAGUACAAGAAGAAGAAGGAGAAACAAAUUUAAAGAAAGAAGAAGAAGAAAUCGCCCAUCACUAGACUCAGUGCGAUUGUACUUCGGUUCAGAAAAGAUGGCAGCGGUUAUUAAAGAGGAGACUGAGGACAUUAUACUUACAGAACCAUACCAAAUAAAGACUGAAGAUGAUCAGGAAGAAAAAGACCUAAAAGUGGACGUUGACAAAAUUGCUGUUGUGGAGGGACAUCAAGAUCAGAAACCUCAGAAUUUGAUAACCGACGAAGAAAAAUCUGUCAAGUGCUCACAGAGUGAAAAUACUGUUUUGCCAAAAGGGACAGAAAACAAACAAACCUUCAAUUGCCAUUAUUGCAAUAAAAGUUUCAGACUUAAAGUGUAUCUUGCUCGCCAUGAGAGAAGUCACACUGAAGAGACUCCUUUGUCUUGUCAGCAAUGUGGUAGGACAUUUACUCAAAAAAUAAACCUGAAAAAACAUAUGAGGAUUCACACAGGAGAGACUCCCUUUUCUUGUGAGCAAUGUGGUAGGAGAUUUACUCAAAAAAUAAACCUGAAAAAACAUAUGAGGAUUCACACAGGAGAGACUCCCUUUUCUUGUGAGCAAUGUGGUAAGAGAUUUACUCAAAAAGUAAACCUGAAAAGACACAUGAGAACUCACACAGGAGAGACUCCUUUCACCUGUAAUCACUGUGGAAAGAAUUUUACACAAAAACAAACGCUCAAUAGUCACAUGCGAGCUCACACCGGAGAGAGACCUUUUGUUUGCCAUCAAUGUGGAAAGAGUUUUAGACAGAAAAUAUCGCUCACUGAUCACAUGCGAAUUCACACCGGAGAGAGGCCUUUUAUCUGCCAUCAAUGUGGAAAGAGUUUUAGACAGAAAGUAACGCUUAAUAGUCACCUGCAAAUUCACACUGGAGAGACUCCUUUCACCUGCAAUCACUGUGGAAAGAGAUUCAGACGAAAAUCAAUGCUCAAUGGUCAUAUGCGAGCUCACACCGGAGAGAGACCUUUCACCUGCCAUCUCUGUGGAAGGAGUUUUAGUCACAAAGUAACGCUCAAUUAUCACCUGCGAAUGCACACCGGAGAGAGACCUUUUAUCUGCCAUCACUGUGGAAAGAGUUUUAGACAGAAAGAAACGCUCGAUAGUCACGUGCAAAGUCACGCCGGACAAAGACGUUUCACCUGCCAUCACUGUGGAAAGGGUUUCACAAAGAAAAUGAGCCUCAAUAAUCACUUAAGAGUUCACACUACAGAAAACAGUUUUUUAUGUCAUACAUGCGGGACAAGUUUCAGAAACAUGGAAGAGCUUAAUAGACACAAAGUCAAUCACACCGGAGAGCCUUUCACCUGCUCCGUAUGUGGAAGAAAAUGUGCACAUGAAGAAAUCUUAAAGAGUCACAUAAGACUUCACACUGGAGAGAAGCCUUAUGUUUGUCGUCAUCAGUGUCCGGAGACUUUUGCCUGUCUAAAAGAUCUGAGGACUCAUUUAAAAAAUCAUCAUGAAGAAAGAUUACAGGCUCCAGAAUGUGGCAAGACGUUUCUAACGAUGAAAAAUGUCAUAAAACAUCAUCAGCUGAAUCACACUGAAGAAAAUGAAAAACAGUUAAAUAAUUUAAAACAGCACCGAGAAAUCAAUAAUGUUAAGCAACACCAGCAAUUUUGUACUGAAAUCAAACCUGACAAGGGUUCAGAAUUGGGCUCAGAGGUUCAGAGUCGUCCUGCUUCAGAAAUCCUAAAAACACAGCCGAGUGUGCAAACUGGAGAGAAGACAUACAAUUGCUCUUCAUGUGGGAUGAAUUUCAGCACAUUGAUUUUUCUGUUAGCUCAUAAAAAAAGACAUUGUACAAAAUAGUCAAGAUGACACAUCUGGGGGUGGUUUCCCGGACAGAGAUUAGCUUAAGCCAGAACUAGGCCUUAGUUUAAUUAGGAAAUUAUUUAACAUGCCUUACUAAAAACUAUAUUUUUUUUGUACAUUUUAAGGCAAAACAAAGUGCACUGAUGUUUUAAAGUUAAACAAAAAGUAAAAAAAUGGUUGAAUAAGGCCUGGAGUAAUUUUUAUACUUUCCUCAUAGGUUAUUCUGAAAAGUCAUACAUACAUGUUUUGUGGUCAGGCCAAAAAACGUUCUAUAUAAAUGUGGGUUUUAUGAUGUGCUUGUUAUCUCUAAACUUUAAUCUGCAGUUUUACUUGAAUUUGUUUCAGGUUAUGUGAUGUUAUUGUGUCUCUCAGUUUCAAGAGAGGUGUCUUGUUUUUUAUAUAAUGUCUGAUUAAACAAGGCAAAGUAAAAAAUCUAAUUCAU